UACAUCUGAAAUGAAUUCGUUGAGAGGGGAGCAAUGCCAGAACAUGAAUUAUGAGCUGAGAGAAGGCAGUGCCAGUGCACCUCCCAGCUGGCACCAAGCAGUGCUGUCACUCCAGGAGACCCCAGAGGAAACAAAGCUUUCCUCCUGCUGCAGUUCCCCCCGCACCCCAGUACCCCCAGCAGGCAGCGCAAGGCGCUGUGGCAGAACCACAGCAUGAUUUGGAUUGGAAGAUUCUUACAGCCCCCCCAGUUCUAACCCCUCCAUGGGCAGUGAUACCUCCCACAGCCCAGAGCCUCAUCCAACCUGACUGUGAGCACUUCAAAGAUGGGGCAGCCUACACCAGGGCCUCAGUACCCUCGUGGUACAGAAUCCAUUUCUCAUGUCUAACCUAAAUUCAACCUCUUCCAAUGUGGGAAAGUGCUGCAGGGCUGCCCGUGUGCAGAGGGCUCAGCAGAGGCUGCAGGGGGGCUCACCUCUCCAUCCCCAUUCCUCCCCAGCUGCCGUGAGCCCUGCAUGCCAUGGAUGAGGUGACGGAGCUGCAGACCGGGGGGAACUCCCUCCUGAAGGCAGUGUGGCUGGGCCGGCUGCGGCUGACCCGGCUGCUGCUGGAGGGGGGGGCCUACAUCAAUGAGAGCAACGAGAAGGGGGAGACGGCGCUGAUGGUGGCCUGCAUCACCACGCACGUGGACCAGCAGAGCAUCAGCAAGGCCAAGAUGGUGAAGUACCUGCUGGACAACAGGGCUGACCCCAACAUCCAGGACAAGUCUGGGAAGACGGCCCUGAUGCACGCCUGCAUCCGCGGCGCGGGUGGUGAGGUGGUGACCCUGCUGCUGGACAAUGGGGCCGACCCCAGCCUGGAGGACCACUCUGGUGCCUCUGCGCUGGUGCACGCCAUCAACGCCGACGACAAGGAUGUUCUGCAGCACCUCCUGAAUGCCUGCAGAGCCAAGGGGAAGGAGGUGAUCAUCAUCACCAUGGACAAGUCGGCCACCGGCGCCAAGGCCACCAAGCAGUACCUGAACGUGCCCCCCUUGCUGGACUUCAAGGAGAGGGCCUCCCCUGAGACGAGCACCGCAGCGCUGAAGGCGGCCGCCCCGUGCCCACAGCCCGCCGAGCAGGAGCCGCCCCCCGGGGACGGUCUUCCCACCAAGGCCACCCCUGAGCCACCCUCCCCGGGCUGGAGGGGCGGCACCACCACCAAGAGAGCGCGGCUCCCGCAGCUGAAGCGG